CCAAACUGAGCCUCUAACAAUUCACAAGAAUUCAAAAAGGUAAAGGGAGGAGGGAAUUCAACAAAUAUAGAGGAAGAGCCAUGUGGGUGUUUUUUGUAUGAGCUAAUAUGAAAACAUAGAAACUCAUCUCUUAGUUAGGCCCUCCUCUUUCCAUGUUCACAGAUUUCUCUAUUUCUCUGCUCUCUUUUUUCUCUUCUUCUCUCCUCUUCUUUCUCUUUGUGUUUCAUAUAUAAAAGUAGACAAUUGCAGAGAGGUUCUUGUCAACGUAUUGUGUGUGACUGUGACCUCCAGCAGGAAGAAGCAAGAAAAAGAAGACAAGGAACCAAUGAAAGCAACAAUGGCGAGAAAAGCUGUGGCGGUCUCCAUUUUCUUGGGAUUGGCCAGCUUGAUAGUAAUUCAUGGUUAUGGCGACAACUCCAAGGUGGGUCGAAUUUCCAGCACUCCUUAUUAUGACAGAAUGUACCGAAUGCAGUCGCUCAAAGCUUCGCUCCUUCGCCGCAACUCGGUGUCUCAGUCUCCCGCGUUGAUGAGCUCAGCUUCUCCAUUGCUCAGUAAUACUAAUAGUCCACGGAUGCAGAUGCAGAUGCAGAUGUCAUCAAGUUCACAAGUUUAUCACGCAACGGACUACGGAGCGGAUCCCACAGGAAAAACCGACAGCACAGACGCCCUCCUCAGGGCGAUUUCUGACGCUUUCCAGGCUCAAACUGGAGAGGAGCUGAUGUCAGGGAUCGCUGAUCUUGGGGGAGCAGAAGUUCAUCUCGAUGGAGGGUCUUACAUGAUAAGUCGUCCCCUGCAACUUCCGGCAACCGGCGGUGGAAAUCUCUUGAUUCAUGGAGGAUCAUUACGAGCAUCAGCUGAUUUUCCCAAAGAUGGGUAUCUGAUAGAGCUAUCAGCUUCAUCAUCAUCAGAAGCAGCAGCAGCAACUGAUCGUGAAAGCAAAGAGGACCAGAACAUAUCUUUAAAAGAACAAGGCUCUUCACAACGCCUCUACACCUAUGAAGAUGUCACCCUGAAGAACCUUCUCCUGGACUGUAAUUUCAGAGGUGGUGCCAUUUCAGUCAUCAACUCCCUCAGAACCACCAUAGACAACUGUUACAUUUCUCACUUCGCAACCAAUGGGAUAUUGGUCCGAGGUGGCCACGAGACCUACAUCAGGAACUCCUGGCUUGGGCAACACAUAACAGCCGGCGGUGACCCCGGCGAGAGGAACUUCUCCGGCACUGCAAUCAACCUCAUGGGCAAUGACAAUGCAGUCACAGACGUCGUCAUCUUCUCUGCCGCCGUUGGAGUGAUGGUGUCCGGCCAGGCCAACAUACUCACCGGCGUACAUUGCUACAACAAGGCCACUGGCUUCGGCGGCACCGGAAUAUAUCUAAAGCUGCCUGGUUUAACACAGACCAGGAUCGUGAAUUGUUACAUGGACUACACAGGAAUUGUGGCAGAAGACCCAGUUCAGCUCCAUGUCUCAAACACCUUCUUCCUUGGGGAUGUCUUCAUUCUGUUCAAGUCUGUGAAGGGUGUGCUGAGUGGUGUCAACAUAGUCGACAACAUGUUCAGUGGAAGCAACAAAGGGAUCAGCAUUGUUCAGUUGGAUCAAUCAAAUGGGCCUUUCAGAAGCAUCGAUCAGGUGGUGGUUGAUCGGAACAAUGUGAGGGGGAUGGCAGUCAAGGCCACACUGGCAAACGGAAUGGCACAAGGAAAUGGAAGCUCAUGGACUGUGGAUUUCAAUGGAGUCCUACUGUUUCCUGAUCGAAUCAGCCAUGUCCAGUACACAUUGAGCACCAGUGGCUCCUUCCCUAAUCAUGCCCUGAGGAAUGUUUCACGGAAUCGUGUGGUGGUUGAGUCCAAUGUGCCAGUUUCUGCAAGUGUUUAUGUUACAGUAGACCAGAGCUAAUUAUAAUUAAUUCAUUCAGAGUUACUGAAUGGCUUCAUCCCUCCCUGGGCUCACAUGGUGGAAGAAGAAAGAGGGGAAAAAGGGACCUACCCCUGGCAGCAAAUGAGCAGCAUAGACAACUUCUAUUCUUCUCAAAUUAAACACCAUAUAUUAAAUGCAUUACAGAAGUUAAUUAAAUAAAUUUGUUUUAUUUAUUCAAAGCUACAUCAAUGUUAUAAGCUUCAAACUGAAUUAACUGUGUUGUAUUGAAAAGAUUGAAUCAACCCAUUUGAUGUGGAAUUGGGGUGACUUGGAAUGUGA